GAUAAAGGAUCAUCCAUACUAUCCAUUCGACCUGGAAUAUUGAAGAAUAGCACCACUUUGCAUCCUAUGCGUCAAUAUAUAGAUUAUUGUCAAGAGUUUUAUUGUAGUGUUAUUGUGAAGAAAGAAUACAUGAAUACAUAUUGCGUCUAAAACGUUACAUAUUGAAAUUAAAAAUAAAUUCCUCCCUAAGACUGUCAGAGUUUUACAUUGCUAUUUCUCUCUCCUAAUGUAAUGCUAUAAUAACAAAUUUCAAGCCCAUUUUUAAAUUAACAGAUCUGUUCAAAAUAUUAGACGCAGUAUUCAGUUUUUAAAGAAUUAUAUUUAUUAAUCAACAAUACACUCUGAACCGCGUAAGUACCUACACCAAAUUAAUUUUAAUGACUUGUCUUAUACAUUUGAAAUUAUUGAAACAUACAUUUCUCAAAUUCAAUAAAUAAAACAUAUUUAAAUUACAUAGUUUUAAUAUAACACACAUGAUCGCGUCGUAUCAAGCACUACGUUUUGGACGAUCUUAGCUUGAUGGCAGGGUACGCCGAAGUGCAUGAAUACGUACGGGCGUUCAUUAAACUAGAUUCCUACCUGUGGCAGUAGUUCUUCCUUACUAAGUUUUAAGUACCGGUCUUGUUGCAUCGUUCCAUCUAAAUAGUAUGCCAGAACCCAUGGAAGACUUUAUGCUUCACACCUUAAGCAAUGUUGGAAGUUUAACAGUUUGUUCGACACAUUUAACUACGAACGUCUCACCAAAUUGACGUCGAACGUAUCUGGAUAAUAUUCGUCAGAUGUAGAGAAACAUGAUUCAUCACUAAAACGAUUUUCUCCCAGACUUCAUACGUUCAGUAUUACAGGCUUCGUGCUCAUUCGAUGCGUUUGCAGGUGCAAUUUUUGUUCUUUUCCUGGUUCUUUGUGAUAUUAUGCCCUUUUCAUAGAGAAUUAUUGUCCCUCUUCCUGUGGACAGGGCCGGAGCAAGGCAAUUUUGGGCCCGAGGCAAAGGUGAAACGAAGGCUCCCAUCCCCUGAAAACAACUUAAAAAGUGAAAGUUGCAUCAUGAAACUUGAGUUACUUUAUUUCAACAAAGGUUAUAAAUUACGUUUAAGCUAUGAUUUUUUUAAAUAUAGUUUAAAUAAUAGUUUUAUUUAAAAGUAUUUAGUGAUCAAAUAAUACAAUUUCUAUACUGAGCUUAAAACCCUAAAAAUGUUAUGUGUAGUGUUUAAUAAAAUCCUUUGUUAAAUACAUUAAUUAAUAAAUAUUAAUUUCAACUCUA